UUGGGAUGAACCAAGUUACACAAGGGCCGAGGUUUGUUCGUCCUCCGAGGAACUCUUCCGAUUCAUAUUACGAGGAAAUCAAAGUUAAGUGUUGUUGAUUAAUACGAGAGAACUCUAAUUUGGAGUGUCGAACAUUGCCUGCAGGAUUAAACAAAGGCUGUUUUGGAAAGGAACGGUUAUCUCCUGUUAAGGAUCGCUUUCUUGUCGUAAUUUAUGAUUAUAAGCUUUCGCAUGGCCUCGAACUCCUGGCGGAAGUCAUUAUAAGGAAGUCUAUUUAAGUAAUCAUCUCAUGUGUAGGAGUUCCUGACGCUGCCCACUGGCUCUGUGACAUGUAGUAGCCGCAAUGGAUAUUCUUGUCGAUGUAAGAUGGAUACGAUAUGUGUUGCUGGUUCUGCUCUUGGAGGACUGGUUUCGGGCGGCAGUUCAUGCCUCCAUGAAUGACCAUUACGUUGUCCCUGAGCGUAUCGAGAACAGGACACUGUCAGAUGAGCAAAAGCUGCUGCAGAAAUUGAUGAGAGGCUACGAUAAAUCUGUUCGUCCAGUCUACAAUGCUUCAACACCAGUGGUAGUCCGUUUGGGUAUAACUCUCACACAGAUAUUCGACGUGGACGAGAGAAACCAAGUAUUAGUACUCAACGUUUGGCUUGAUCAGGAAUGGGUAGAUGAAAAACUCCGCUGGAAUCCUGAUGACUUCGGCGGCUUGGAAGUACUGCGAGUACCCUGUGCAUUCAUUUGGUUGCCAGAUAUCGUGUUAUACAAUAGUGUGGACGAUUAUGGCAAGGGAUACAUGCAGGCCUUGGCCAUGGUGCAUCAUUCUGGUAACGUUUUCUGGCCUCCGAUUGUUCGUCUUAAGAGUUCGUGCAAACUGGAUAUAACGUAUUUUCCUUUCGACGAUCAAAUAUGUACAUUGAAAAUGGGUUCGUGGGCUUACGACGGUUUCCAAGUAGACGUCACGAAUAGGUCAGACGAUAUAGAUCUUACUAACUACGUGGACAACGGAGAGUGGUUUCUGAUGAACACACAAGUCAAACGAAACGUUGUGAAUUAUCCAUGCUGCCCGGAGCCAUUUCCAGACGUAACCUUUGGCUUACACCUGCGCCGAAGGACACUGUAUUAUACGUUUAAUGUGAUCAUACCGUGUGUCAUCCUCUCUUCUCUCACAUUAGUCGGAUUUAUGCUUCCGCCGGACAGUGGAGAAAAAGUGACUUUAGGAUUAACUGUUUUAUUAGCCUUUUCUGUCUUCAUGUUGCUCAUCGCGGAAAAUAUGCCACCUACGUCAGAGUUCGCACCGUUGAUUGGAGUAUAUCUGACAUGUGUAAUGGCGAUGACGUCACUCUCAGUUAUCAUCGCCGUUAUCAUCUUAAACAUUCAUCAUAAAGGAGUGGGCGACAAACGACCGCCAUAUUGGCUGCGUCGACUCGUUCUCUCAAAACUCAGCCACCUUGUUUGCCUGCAUAGGAAGGAGUACACAAAGAUAUCAAAAAGUCCAAACAGUGAAGAAAAGGGUUUAUCGCAUAACCAUGCUCAAUUACAAAGUUUUAAAUCGGCCUUUAGCGAUUCGCCGAUGGAGACAACGCGACUUAGCACCCGAAUCCACCAUGUCAAUGAGUCGGACAAUGUGGGCCAGGGCAUCGGGAAUUCUGUGGGCUCGAGCUUCCGUAGCCGAAACCCAACGGACGAGGAGAUCGUCAAGCAUUUGCGUGUUCUCAUAGACAAACAGGAAAAAGCUGAUCAUGAGGUGAACGUGAUACGGGAGUGGCAGGACAUUGCGACUGUCCUCGAUAGGUGCCUAUUCUGGGUGUUCUUUUUCGUCACAACCGUAGCAACUAUUGGUGUCUUAGUUCUUCGGCCUUUGACAAAGAAUGCUGUGCUUGAGUUAUGAGUUUCCUUUUUCACUGUUAGUAGUGGUUCUAUGUAGUAGGAAAUGGAGGAUGGCUGUGAUAUAGGUUGGUGUGACGCUUGGGUGAAUCUAUAUUGCUUCGCCUGAAGGUUCAAGCAGGGGUAGAAAAAAACCGGUGCUUGAAGCGUGAUACGCUAGUUUCGCAGAGUAAAGAUGAUUGCUUAUUGCUUGCAAAACUGUUAAGAUUACUGUCGAAUGUAAAGAUGAAGUCCGUCAUGAUGUUAGACUUUUGGUGAUGAUAGGUUAGUGGAUAGGGUGGCGGCUGGCCAAGUAUUGCACUCGUGGGUUUUGCGAGAUGUAGGUAUGAUUAUCAUUAUUAGCUUAAACGAAAGGUGGAACGAAAAUUGAAUGUAACUAUUCUGUAUGAAAUUAAGUGCAGGUUGGAGAAGUCUAAUCCAUCUCUUAAAAAAUGUGAAUAAAAAGACAUCGUCAUUGCCCAAAUUGCGUGGAGAAGCGUUUCUCCAAGGCAGUCUGAUCCAUCUCACAAAAUGUAAAUAAAAAAUCAUUGUCAGUCUUUAAACUUAAUUGCGUUUAAAAUAGCCAACACUGGUAUUGAGGUACAUGUAUUUGAAUAAAAAAGACAAGUGUACUCUGAGGAUGAAAGUCCUGACUCCCAGACUGAAGAUGUGCUUAAUUUGAUUGAUGGCUUGAUAGGUACCAAACAUGCGGAGGAGCUUAGUCCUGUCUUCGCAGUCAACUUUGCCAAUGGACGAUAUCAAGGGAUGUUUGUGAUUGUCUGAAGACCAUGUCGAAGCUGUCAAAUCUGUUAUAGAGCUCAUGGCGUGUUAGAUGGAUACUGUUGAUACCAUCUGCACAGCGUUAUGAUUUUUCAUAUACAUACUGUUAUUCGGCUCAUCCAUAUAACACUAAACUUGUUGGUUGCAGACCAGUUUUCUUGGUAACAGAGCCCAAUUGCAUGGUGCUGUUAUCUUCAUUAUUAGGCAAUAUACUAUUCUUCAGACAAGUCCAUGGUCAUAGUCAAGAUAGUUAAGUCAAGACUUUACAAUUCUCUGGAACGAAAUUUAUCUCGAGGUGUGGAGAUAGCGUCGAUACAACAGAAGAUUACAUGUAUAAUUACACUCUACAUUGCACUUCUAAUCUAAGGUCAUUGAUUUUGAGCCAAAAAUCAUUACUUCUGAAAAUUAGUUUUUGCUUUGAGUCAACACGAAUAUGAUACUAGGUAGUCCAACAGCGAUACUUCGUACCUAUUUCUAAAUACAUUAGUCACACAAGUACUAUCUACACGUUACUGUAAAUAGUUCAUUCAGCAUCUUUAGUGAUACAUACUUUAGAAAUGCUGUAAACAUUUAUUGAGGCGUGGUCAUCCUUCUUCUCUCUUUGAUAAACGCUGAUAGAGAUUGUCGUAGGAGAAAGCAUGUGCAGUCUUGUUAAAAAGAAAAAAGACACCUGUGUUUUCUGUUAUUCGAAGUCUCUGUUACCCGUUAUACUAGUAGUGGCAAUACAAGGGAUUAAGAGACUACUUGUAUCACGAAAAAAUACAUUUUUCUAAUUUCUGUUUUAUGGCUUUUAACACGACUGUGCAUUCUUCAGUGUAAUGCAUCAUUACCUUCUCUCAUAUGUACAAAUGUAAAUAUUAGUAUUCAACUUUAAAUUCUUUAUCUUGCAUUUACAUGUGUUUCAUUUGGGUUGAGAUUUUUCUAUAGUUCUGUUUUUUGUUUGGUUUUUUUUCUCGGCUGUUGGUGUAACUUUGCUUAAUCAGUGUGUCUCUUCUAGCUUCAGUAUCAUAGCUCCAAUUUGUUAUCAGUCUUGUUACAUGAGCAGACGACCAUUCACGUGCAAAUGCUCAGAAUUUGUAACCUUCAUCAUAGCUCUGUUUUAUUAUCAGGCUUGUAACAUCAGCAGACAACCAUCCACGUGCAACUGCUCAGAAUUUGUAAUCUUACCAGAUAGCUUUAUUCAGCUGAUUCAAAUUGCCGACGCAAAGGUACCACACGCGUAAAUAUUAGGCAUUCUUGCAGGAUGUUAAAUCAAAGGAUAGUCUACUUACUCCGAUUACAUGAUUAAGUGCUCGAGUGAAACAAGCUUUUCUGAAAACAUCAGACAAGCCAUAGAAUAACAAGAUGCUAAUGUACAUAAACUUCAUGUACGUGUAUUUAGUAGAAGUGUUUUAUUAAAACCCUACCAAGAACCUAAGUCAAUAUCGCGUUUUUCAUAGUUCUAGAAAAGCAGGUACUAAAGCCCUUAAUCCUAACAAUUUGUGGUAUUUAGCAUGUUUGAGGUGCAUCAUAGCACAGGUAACUUGUUAAGAAACUUUUACUUCAUCGUGCGAGAGAGUGAUGGUUAUGUUAAAUAAAGACACUAUCAUGUCUGUAUAUAUUUCAAGCACAUUCGAGGCGGAGUCAUCCUUCUACGAAUUUUGUGUCAGCUGUUAGAAGUUAACGCUACUCGCUGGCGACCGUUGAAGCUUACCACUGUGAUCCCUACUGUAACUUACUGUCGUCUAAUCUGGAACAUCGAUUGCUAAGACUGCUCCCUUCAUUGUUUGUUGUGGUAGCUUGCAAUCUCACAUCCAAACCGAAAAGUUUUAAAACGAGCCUUUGGUAAAUUACUUUGUAAUAACAACGGACAUAUGCUAGCAUCGGCCGGUCGUUCAUCCAACAUUUUGUCAUAAUUAACUCAGCAGCAAUCUCUACACUUAUUGCAUUGAAUAAGAUUGAUUGCCAGAAACGACCAUGUGACACUCUGUUCCUGAGGGCAUUUCACAUCGACUUCAUCUAAUUUCCUCCUUUGGAAUAAUGCUACAUACAAUUUCGCUUUUUAAUAUUUGCUGGAUAUUGUUAAAUUCGUAUUUAGGUUAGAUCUGUAGAUGAGAAGUAGAUCCGCAAUAAAGCAAAAAACAUUUUUCAAACACUUGUAAAUUGGUAAUAAGUAGAGAGGUUCCAUGUAUCUCCGCGUAGAACACAUCUUAUGACAUUUUUCAUUGAAUUCUCUUAUAACGUUUUUACUGAUAUAUUUCUCCCAGAACAAAUGUUUCAUGCAUCAGUUUGGCAUUUUAUGGUACAAUGCUGUCCUAAUUACAUUUGCAAUUAAAUAAUUCGUCGAACGACAUUGAUUUCGAGUAAAAAUAUGAAAAAUGUUAACCAUCUUGACUGAAUGGUCAAGUUGAUGAAAUGUUGCUUUCAACUUUGUAAUGAAUGACAUUUAACCUUUGGGUAAGUGCGUCAUGAUAUUUCCAGAUUAGGGAACAAGGGGUCUCCAGAAGGACUGCAAUAUUAUAUUAGUUUAACCGGUUUUGUUCACAACUAAGAUAUACAUGUAGCUUGCAUGUAAAAUUUCGGUAUGUUGAAGAAGAAUGCUGAUGUUCUUGUAUAUAUGCUCUAUAUGGUUUGUUUAAAGUCGUAUCAUUUAACAAAUUUGCUGCAAGAAGGACUUCUGGGUGAAUAGCUCGCGUUUGACUGAAAAGCAGAUUGCCGGUUCGCGGCAAUGUAGAGUCUGCAUUUGCACUCACUAGACUAUUUAAACUAAGUUUUUGAUGGCACCUUACCCUGUUGCACUGAAAAAGAGUAUGAUUACAAUUAGUAAACGAAACGAGAGAACUGCAUGGUUAAGUUCUUUGCUAAAGGACCCAGUGUGUGGUCCUACUAGAAGUCGAAACCACGAUCAGUAGUGUCCCUCAGUGCAACCUGGCAUAGUGGUGAGUUUCAGUUUGAGUUUCAAUCAUACAAUAUGAAGCGUGAAUACUGUUUUGUAAUUUUCUAAUAAAUCAUGUUAUAUUU